AUGACUUCCUUACCCAGCGUGCCCACUACGGGCCGGAGGACCUCUGCAGAUGAAAUCGCACAUUCCAGUCCCGCAUCGGAGCAGCACAUCGUGAGCGCGCAAGACCCGGUCGAGUCCACCGAGGAUGAAGAUACCGAGACCAUCAUUCUGGACCGAACUGCUGCCACCACCGGCUCCCCAGAGACGAAAGCGCCGGUUUCCACCGAACAAGCACUCGCCAAAUCUACAAGCAGCCCUGGACCCACCGAUACCCAAGAUGAACCUCGCAAGUGCUGGAUUUGCUACACAGACGAGACGGAAGACUCACCACUCAACUCUGAGUGGCGAUCACCCUGCCCGUGCGCCCUGACGGCUCACGAGGCAUGCCUACUGGACUGGCUCGCUGAUAUGGAAAACCCUACAUCGCGCAAGCGCACAGGGAGCGGCGCAAAGAUGUCAUGUCCGCAAUGCAAAUCAGAGAUCGUGGUGACUCGGCCCAGGAGCUACGUGGUCGAUGCUUUGCGCCUCAUGGAGAGGAUCGCUGGCCGACUUGUUCUUCCUGGGAUGGUAUUCACGGUUGCAGGGACAAUGUGGGCUGGAUGCUGUGCGCAUGGCAUUUACUCCAUGUAUCUCGUCUUUGGCACGGAGGAGGCAAAGCAGAUCCUCGAGGACAGCGUCGAUGGUCCGUGGAACCCGGGAAUGAACCUCGGCCUACCUCUUAUCCCGCUAGUUCUGAUCUUCUCGCGUACCCGGUAUGCCGAGGGUCUCCUUCCGGCCAUUCCAGUCUUGUUCUUCGCGGCGCACAGCCCCGGACACGAGCCCAGCUUUGAUCUAUGGCCCCCCACCUCAGCAAUGACGUUUGCUGCCCUCCCAUAUGUGAAGAGCUUCUAUGGGGCGGUUUAUGAUCGCGUAUUCGGCGGCCUUGAAAAGAAAUGGAUCGCUGAAGUCCAACCCCGAGCCACGGAGGAGACCAUGGAUGAAGUCCAGCAGCAAGACCAGGCAGAAGGGCUCAAUCGUUUCGGUGAUAAUAUGAACGGUCAAAUCUUGAUGGAGAUUGAUCUUGAAUUGCAGGUAGGAAUGGGUGGCGACGACGAGCCGCUGGUCGACCAACCGAUACCAGCUCAACAAAACCAAGAUGGCGCUGACCUCGAUGCCCAGGAUGGCCAGGCGCAAGGGCAGGAUGCUGGUCAACACAACGGAGGAGGCGUUGGGCGUCGGCGGAAUGAGAUAAUUGCCGACACCAGCAGUCUUGCCGACACCGUCCUUGGAGCGCUGGUGUUCCCGGCGAUCUCGGCGUCCAUGGGUGGGUUGUUGAAAUAUGCUCUGCCCAAGGCGUGGACGACGCCGUCAUCGGUCCUUGAAAAGGGCCGUCCAAAUCUGCUGCAGACUCGGUGGGGCCGCAGCGUCGUCGGUGGCUGUAUGUUUGUUCUCCUCAAGGAUGCGCUGGUCCUGUACUGCCGCUGGAAACUUGCACAGACACAUCGACGACGCAAGGUGCAAGAUUACGACCGAAGCAAAAAACUGCACCACGGCCGAAAGAGGUGA